AUGGAGCUGCCAUCUUUAUUGCUGUGUGUGCUGCUAAAAGUCCUGGCUGUAAACUGUGAGUAUAGCUCUUUAUCAUAAUAAAUGACAGACUGUUAAUGUGCCAAUAUUAGUGUUCACACUGACUAUUUAAGUAUGCAUGAAGGAGCUGUGAGUGAAGUUAAACCUCUGGGUUGCUUAGGCAGGAAAGUUGAGCUGCAAACUGACGUUAAACAUAUUAUCCUCCCAGGACCUCAAUUCAAUUUGUAAUGAAAUGGGCUGAUUUAGCAUCUGAUAUGUUAUUAACAACCCUUCUCUAUGAAUGUUUUAAAAGCCUGGCACUUUGAGCCCUGAUGCUCCCCUAAGAUGAUCCCUUCACAUUUAAGUUUGGCUCUCAGAACUUCACUGAACUUCUUAAAACCUUAAAUCAUGAAUAACACCCAGACUAGUUUGGCAAAAAGAGGAAAAAAUGGGCAUAAAGUAAGAUUAGGUUUGUAUUGUUUGGACAAUACAGUUAAACACAGAGAGAGUUUGUUGGUAUUUUCUAACUUUCUAAAUGUAAAUAUAGAGCUUUCAGCGCCAAAAGCAUCAAUAUAUAGAUAAAUACACACUUAAAAGUACAGUAAUAUGAUCAUUUCACACAAUUAAGUAAUUUUAAGUACCAUAGGCUCGCAUUAUUUUGCUUUUAGGGAGCUAUAACAUUUGUUUCUUCAAUUUUAUUUAUGAAAAAUGCACAGUUUCCAUUUGCUUUGUUUAUAUAACUCUGUAUAAUGUUGAUAAAGGAUACUGGACUUGACUGUGGAUGCAUUUCAUAUUAUACAGAAGCGAAUUUUCCUGCUGCCCAACACUACAGUUAACACCAAAAACUUGAUUUCAAAUUGAAAUGCUGAUUAAAAGGACUUUUUAUGUACAAAUACAGAGUAACUUUGAUUUUUAAAAGGUGCCCAAUAAAUCAAAGUUGUUAUAUAAAUUGUUGUUAUUCUCCAAAUGCAUUGGAAACCUCAUGAAGAAGAGAUGACUAACCAGCAGUGAAACAACAAUAACUCUAGCCAACGCCUCCUUGUGUACCUGACAAUGAUGUUGCCAAAAUGAAACGUGAUAAACAUCUUUAACCAUCCAGGAACAAGCUGCUAUUUCGCAGCAGCUGAUACUGUAACACGAUGAGCUUUCACUAUUUUUAACUUGUUUUAUACCGGUCAAAAUUAAUGCAUCUAUAACGUACAAAAGCUGGCAGCGGUUUGUGGUGUCUAUUCUCUUCACUUCAGCUUCAAUGACAAUAAAGGGACCUGUCAUUAUAGGUUCAAUUGCAAGGUCAUUACAUAAUGCUUUCUGAAGCGGCUCUAUGCAUGUGUUUAUCUCAUUCACACCCAAUCUAUACUGUGUACACUGUAUAGAGUUACCAUUCAGCUCUUUACACGCACCGCUGCGUCUAAUUGUAGCCCAGGAUCAAUAUCUGGGACAGUAAUGACAGGGUAUCGUUUCAUCCCCGGCGGCGUUUCUUUGAACGUAAACUUCCUUUCAGUCUCUGAGGUAUCGUAUAUUUAUAUAAAUUAUUGAAAUUUAUUUAAAGCUCCUGUGAAGUCGCAUGCUUUUGCUGUUGAAUCUCAUCUUGCUGGGAUUUAAUAGUUAAUAAUUACAACAUGCAGGAUGUUUUCUGUUGUCAGUUUGUCUGACACCUACUAGGCAGCGGUGUGUUCAGGCCUCUAAAAUGACUAUGCAGAAAUAAUUAUUCUUGUCGCUGAUGGUCUAAUCUGCUUUUGAGUAUCAUAAAAAGACAUUACGAUAACUUUUAGCCAUUUUCAUCAGUGUGAAAAAAAAAAAUCCCUGUUCAAACGUGGAAUUAAAAGCUCCCGUGGGGAACUUUGGGUUUGUGAAGCAGAGUUGUGAUGUUGUUUUUACACCAGACACAAAAACUAAAUCAUAAACCUGCUAAAUUUGCACACCUGAAUGUUCUGUGUUAUGUGCUCGACUCGCACUAAAGACUUACUCCAUUCCCGUCAAAUAUCACAUCUGCAAGACUGUCCAAAUUUAUGAAUUAAUGCAAGAGAGGAAAAGUUUCCUACAUGAUGUUUCAGCUGCAUACUGUCCACAUCAGUUUGUCCUUUCUCCAGACGCAUAAACCUCCAUGUGUCUGUUGCUGACAUCACUGUCCUUUGUGGACUUUAAAAUUCUGCUAGAACUGGACAAGGUAAGAUUUGAACCUAUGACCUCAGGAGAACCAGUCAAUGGGCUUAUCCUCUGAGCCACACAAGAUUAUACCAUUUGCUUCCUCUUUCACUUUCCUGUUUAGACACUAGACUUUAAAAUUCACCUAGUCCUGAAUAAGGCCCAAACCCACCACCCCAGGAGUCCCAGUCAGUCUCCUUAAAAUCAUGUUUUUUCGUCAUCACCAGGGAAUCAUACUUAUUGGCUAUCAUGGCUCUUGUGACUCACUCACAGAAAUGAACGUGUUUUUGAGUUUAAGCCUAAAGAUUUUUUCCUUCACUUCCAGGGACAUGAUUCUGUUAAAAAAAACCUCUAAAUCCUUGGUCUAAAGUCUGUCAAAUAUUAUGUAUUGUUAAGUUUUAAAAUAACAGUCAGCUGAUAAAUUACUUGACAAAAUAAUCAGUAUUCCAUUGUGUAUAAAGCUCCUCGGGUUAUUAAACUGCAGUGGAAAACUACACAGACAAUGUGACCUCAGUUCCAGCCAUGUGAACUCUGCAGAGAUGAUAUAAUUAAUGCAGAUUGCCUGUUGGAUGCAUAAAAGUGUCUGCAGAUGCCAUGAGACAUGUUCUGGCUCGCUCAGGCUGGGCUAACCUUGUUAAUCCUCAGUGACACCAGCACUAUUAAAAUCUCUAUUCGGCUGUGGCACUAAGACUCAGACUUUAUUCGUUAUUUAUUAAAGGAGUCAGAGACGGGGCAUAUUAAUUAGCAUUUCUGUCAGCAUGCAAGUUUAAACAUCGCUGCUAAUUUUAAAUCAAACAUAAGUGCAUGUUGUGACAGCAACAAAUUAACGUUAGGUUGUAUUAUAUAAUAUAACACAAUUAUAAAUUUUUUUAAAAUAUGUGAUUAGAUAUUAUUACAUAUGCGUCAGGGUUUCUAACUUUAAUCAAUGUUUCUGUUAAAAUUGAUCUCAUGAAAUAUCUUGUUUGUUAAAUUGCACCUUUUCCAUUAGGAAAAUGCAAAUAAAGUGGGAUAUCCAGUCUAGAAAAAAAGCCAGUACUGAAGAUAAUUCACCUUAUAGAAAAGAAACAGCCACAAAACAAUCAAAACUUAACUGUAAAAGAAACAAAACAUUAAGAUUAUACAACAAUAAAGCUGCAUUAAAGCUCUUGUGAGGAACUUUUUGUCCGUGCUGAGUUUGGCGCCCCCUGUGGACAAAGUAGUAACUAUUUAUUCAAUUUUUCUGUUAAAUUUUUUAUUUAAUUUUUCUAUUUUUUUCUAAUUUUGUGAAGGAACUUUUUGUCCGUGCUGACUUUAGCGCCCCCUGUGAACAAAGUAGUAACUAUUAUUUCAAAUUUUCUGCUUAAUUUUUUAUUUAAUUUUUCUAUUUUUUUCUAAUUUUGUGAAGGAACUUUUUGUCCGUGCUGACUUUAGCGCCCCCUGUGAACACAGUAGUAACUAUUUUUCUACUUUUCUGUUUAAUGUUUUACCCAAUUUUUCUAAUUUUUCCAAUUUUGGUAAAGUGGUGUUUACUGACAAAAAAAUCUCCUUUAAAUUUAUCACUUAUCACAAAUAUAGUGAGUAACAAAUGUUGUUUUUUCAGGGCACCUAGCCCCUCACAGCAGCUAUAAUAAUUAAAAAUGACAAUAUAGAAAUUGUCAGUCUUGUAAUUAAUGGUUUAAUUUGCUUUUUAAAUCACUGAGAACCACAGAAACAAGAAGCAGGAAGACAAUGCAGCCACCUUCUUAAGGAGUGCCAAAAGGGACAAAAAAAACAAAUUUCUGUAGAUAAAGUUCUACUUUAUCUCUAAGCAGAGUAGUAGACAGAAAUAUCAUACAAGACACUUUCAUUAAAAAAUAUAACUGAUAAAACAAGGUUGACUUCAAUUCAAGGUGCAUUCAGUCAAUUUAAAUUAGUGCGUCAUCUGCAAACAGUUAAAUCAGAUAGAUAUUGAUAUUUAGACUUAUGCUCACUGUGAAUCAAUUCACCACACAGUCGAGAUUGCUUUCAUUGAUCUACUAAUCCAGAAGUCCUGAGAUCAUUGAUUUCAACUCUUCUCUUUAUGACUCACAUUGUCCCUGCUGAUGCUGCGCCUGCUGCAAUAAUAGCAUUACCUCUGUGUAAGCUUUGUAUUGUUUUUCUGCAGAGACCUUAUAGACCGUAUUAUGUGCUUCUGUCUCUAAAGCCAAUCUUCUUUAUUUCCCUGUGUGUAUGUGAGUCCAGCAGGUGAACACCCGCAGGAGCGGAUAGUGGGAGGAUACGCACCAGUUCCUUAUUUAAUCAAAAAUGUUGUGUCGAUACAGACGACACAGCGUCAGCACGUCUGCGGAGGCACCUUAAUAAAUAAGUUCUGGGUACUCACAGCCGCUCAUUGUAACAUCGGGUGAGCUGACUUUUCUACUUUUGUUUACUUCUACUGACAAUAGAGGUUAAUUUACAUCAUGCAGAAACUAUUUUUACAGCAAAUAUUACAUUAAAGUAUCUAUGCACCAUUGUAUCCUGGUUUAACUUUAAGUAGCGCACUUCAAUAAGACGCCUGUUGACAUACAGUGACCUUAACUUGACAUCUGAGUGUGUUUUUGUGUUACUAAAGGUUUCAGCUGUUUUAGAGACAGUCUCUUUGGACAGUAUUGAAAGAAAACGAGUGAAAAUGAUACAAGGCGGCCAGUAACAAUGGAGCUCUGUGGUUCUGCAAUCUGACACGUGAAUAUCUUGGCCUCAGACUUCAUGAAACCACCUUUUUAUGAACAGUUUGACCCAAGAGGAAACAAGCAUGUUUUGGUUAAUUUGGGCGGCGCUUAGAUAGGGCUCUGACAGUGCAUUUUUAAAUCACAAAACCUGGACCAGUAAGGGUUUGUUGUUCAGUAACAAUGCUGGGGUUUGUUUAUGGCUCCUCAGACCGUUGUGUAUUGCUAUCGUGCGGUUGAUACUAAAGUUGGUGUAACAAGAGAAGCAAGCCAUCGGCAACAUUCAUCUCUCAAAGGCGUGUCUAACUUAGUGUUACUGUGUGUUUGACCCUAAAUUGCAAUGUUUUAUUCGGCUAGAUAAGUUGCUCUAAGACAGGACUUAAAACUUUUGGUUUUAAAAUAUUGUCUGACUGUAAGAUACUUUUUAUCUUUGCAGGGUUGAAAACAUCUUGAUAGUAGCAGGAGACUAUUCUUUGUCCAUCUAUGAGGGCACAGAGCAAGAAAUCCUGCCCAAAAUUGUGGUUCCUCACCCCGAGUACAACAGCACUACCAACAACAAUGACAUUAUGCUCGUAAAGGUACGAUAUCUUAUAACCAAUGAUGGUUUUUUUAAUUGUAUUACCACUGAUCCAAAUGUCCGCUACGUUUCCAGCUGAAAGCCCCAGUUUAUUUGAAUAGCUACGUUUCCAUCGCCUUGUUGCCGCGGCACGGUGCUACGAUACCGGAGGGCAGGAUGUGUCGAGUAUCGGGUUGGGGCUACACCAGCCCGAGCGGGGGCCAGAUCCCCUCCACCCUCCGCACUGUCAAACUCCCCAUCGUGUCGACGCAAAAAUGCAACAGCAGCGAGUCAUUUGACGGCGACAUAACAGAAAACAUGCUCUGCGCUGGUUACAGUAUAGGUGGAAAAGAUGCCUGUCAGGUAAAAGGAAAUUCAUUAACCUCUCAAAACUUGGCAUUUGCAUCUGAUUUUUUAAUACUACCACAAUGUAAUCCCUGAUGUUUUCUUCCCUUCUCUUUCAGGGCGACUCUGGAGGUCCACUGGUGUGUGAAGGCCGGGUUUACGGCAUUGUGUCCUGGGGCAGAGGAUGCGGGGAGGCCCAAUACCCUGGAGUGUAUGCAGCUGUGGCCAAGUACCGCAGGUGGAUAGACAACACUAUAUUUAGCUACUACAGCCGCUGUAACAACCACAACUAA